CGAUGAGGAGCGUUUGGUUUGGGGGGAGUUUAUUUUCUGGUCUGGACGGGAAUGUUUGAGUGGAGGGUCAGAGCGGAGCUGCGGGAGGAGGAGGGGCUGAACGGUGUAUUUUGCGUUUGUAGCGCCGACCCCGUGCGGGUGCGGUGCGGGUGCGGUGGAUCACAGGAUCGCUGCUGCAUCGGGUCCACGAGGCCACAGAUUACUUCUGCACCGGAAGUGUUUUAUGGGGAAUUAUUGCAACACUUUUUUUUGAUCAGAAAGAGAGGAUUUACAGAGAUCUGAUCCGGAGCGCGAGGACCGCAGUCACCGCCGCAGCGCAGGUGUGUGACAGUGAGAAUAUGGAUUUGGAUUUAGUGAACAUGUUUGUUUUAGCUGGAGGUACCCUGGCGAUACCAAUUUUGGCUUUUGUUGCCUCCUUUUUGCUGUGUCCCGCAGCACUCAUCAGAUUCUAUUACUGGUACUGGAGGAUGACAUUAGGCAUGCAAGUUAAAUAUGCCGAAUACGGCAACUAUCGGUUCUCUUAUUCAUCUCGUGGGAAACCUAGUAUCAAGCCUUCCAUUCUGAUGUUACACGGAUUCUCCGCUCACAAAGAUAUGUGGCUGUCUAUAGUCAAGUUCCUUCCUAAGACCAUGCACCUGAUCUGUGUUGACAUGCCGGGCCAUGAAGGCACAACCCGUUCGUGCAUAGACGAUUAUUCAAUAGAAGGACAAGUGACUAGGAUUCACCAGUUUGUUGAAUGCAUCGGGUUGAACAGGAGACCAUUCCAUUUGAUUGGCACCUCGAUGGGUGGCAAUGUAGCUGGAGUGUAUGCAGCCCACUACCCGACGGAUAUCUGUGGUUUAACUCUCAUCUGUCCUGCAGGUCUGCAAUAUCCGAAUGAAAGUAAGUUUGUGAAAGAACUAAAGUCACUGGAGCAAACACGAGACGUCAGCAAAGUGCCUCUAAUCCCAUCAACCCCUGAAGAGAUGGAAGAGAUGCUGAAGCUUUGUUCCUAUGUACGCUUCAAAGUCCCUCAUCAGAUUCUUCAGGGUCUUGUAGAUGUGCGACUGCCUCACAAUGAGUUCUACCAGGAAUUGUUCCUGCAAAUAGUAGGGGAGAAAUCAAGGCACACGUUACAGGAAAAUAUGGGUAUGAUCUCGGCUCCAACACAGGUCAUUUGGGGAAAACAGGAUCAGGUUUUGGAUGUUUCUGGCGCUGAGGUCCUUGGAGAAGCUAUUUCUGGCUGUCGUGUGGAUCUCCUUGAAAGCUGUGGUCAUUCCGUGGUGAUGGAACGUCCUCGGAAAACUGCUAAGCUUGUGGUGGAGUUUUCAUCUUCCCUGCAAAAGCUAAGAUCAGAAAGCAAUAAGAAAUUAGCCUAAAAUUUACCAACGGAAGUUGCGUCAUUAUUGCCCCUCAGAUAUCCUAAUUAAAAAUGUGACGCUGUUAUUCUUCUCAAUGGGGGAAUGUUAAGAAUGGACAAUGUGCUGAUUAUACAGUAGUUAAAAGAGAGCUGGUUAACAAUAUUUGGUUGUGCAGUAAAAUUCCGUGAACACGCUUUUGGAAGACUCAAAGCAUUGGAGUAUGAGAGCAGUAAGAUAAAUUACAGAACUGCACUGAUAUUGAUUGUCAUAUUUCCAUGUUUUCAUGCUGACUUUAAAAAACAUACAAAUAUUGGCAGUAGCAAUGUUUUCCAGAUUUUGUUAGGUUCCAGUUUUUAUAAUCUUACACAAAGCAUAUGCAUAAUUUGCUGAACCUACCAUUUGUAUUUGUCCAUCAAAAUUAUUAUUCUGUGGUUCAUUUGGUUGUUUGGUGUUUUUGUUUAAUCUGCUGGAGAUAUUCUCCAAGGUUUUCAAUCUCUUUGGCACAAUAGUAACUUGGUGUGACUGGAAGGGGAACAAUUAACAUUAUGAAUGUUUUGCAGAGAUUUGGUGGGAUGGGAAAUGCAUUCAUACAUUUAUAUUAUUUAUUUGUGUGUAGCACAGUACACCUGGCUUCUUAUGGUAAUCCUCCGUUAGAAAACUGCUCAAUUUGCACAAUGGUAAAAUAUUGUGAAGAUAUUUAUCACUCUCACCGAAAGGGUUAACACAAAGGUGGCUUGCACCAGUUCUGGGAAUUACCUCACAUUACGACCAAAUUACCAGAGACAGAAAAGGUUAGGGACAAGAAAUUGUAGUAACUUUGUGAGCAUCAAUUUGAGGUGUGAAAACACAGCAGCACACAUUUUCCAAUCUUCAUAUUUUGUGAAGAAGGCAAUAGUUAAAUCGAUUUAUUUAUCUACAGCAGAUAUCAACAUAAUAUAAUAUAAUUGAUAUAGUACCUUUCAUGCUUGGGAAGUUGUCUCAAAACAUUUUACACAACUGAUUGGGAACUCAUGCCGAGGGAGUGAGAGCUCAAGAUGGUGGCGAGGGAAAAGAUGACUGAAAGCACAGUCAAAGAAGUAAGUCUUGAGGUGAGUUUUGAAGGGUGGGGGAGGAGAAAAACAGUUCAACAAGAAAAAUAGGAAAGCUUUUCCUUAGUAAAUUUCAAUGCAGAAUACAUUAUUCUGAUACAUUAGCCCCAAUAUACUGCAUCGCCUGCUAUGCUAUCUUGAGUCCUAUAGCUCAGUGUUAAGAGCACUUGCCUUGCAAGCGAG